CCUCAUUUUAUUUCUUGAAUGUCAAAAAAGAAUCUAACGCAACAUUACGAAAAAAAUCGAAAAAGUGAAUCAAAAUAUUUCCAAACCUUAUGCGUUCAAAAAAUUUCACAUUGUCGGAAAUUGUGUCACAUUGAUUUAUUUCAAAUAUUAAAAUAAAGUUAAACGAAAGAUGUUGUCACGUUUAAUUGUACAAUCGCAGCCAAUGAUAUCUAUGUCAUUAACGGGACGACCAUCAUUCAUCCGGAAUCAAAUUGCACGUCAAUUUCAUCGGCGUGACACUAUGACACGAGCUCAAAGAAUCGAACAAAAUUAUACAUCACGCCAAAGACAAACUCUGAAGGAGAAAGUUAUGACGCCAGCUGGACCAAAUGCAUUCGCGAUUGGGAAGGGUGCCUUACUGGGCGGUUCGGCUCUUGGUCUAGGCGCACUGUGCUUCUAUGGACUUGGCAUCACCAAUAACUCUACAAAUAUUUUGAAUAACUCUAUGGCUUGGCCUGAGUAUGUUCGCGAACGCAUACAUGACACCUAUGCUUAUUUUGGUGGAUCGAUUGCAAUAACCGCUGCCAGCGCUGCAGCUAUAUUUCGCACUCCAGCUUUAAUGAAUAUAUUUGCACAGGGCAGCUGGAUUUCAUUGAUAGCCACCAUUGGUUUAAUGAUGGGAUCGGGAAUGAUUGCACGUGCAAUUCCAUAUGAAGAAGGAUUUGGAAUAAAACAAAUUUCCUGGAUUACACAUUGCUCCGUUAUGGGUGCUGCUCUUGCUCCUCUUUCAUUUAUUGGUGGAGGAAUUCUACUACGUGCUUUAUGGUAUACAGCCGGUGUAGUUGGUGGACUUUCUGUGUGCGCUGUGUGUGCCCCAAAUGAUCGGUUUUUAUUCAUGGGAGGUCCACUUGCAAUCGGACUGGGUGUCGUAUUUGCUUCUUCUCUUGGUUCAAUAUUCCUAUCACCCUCCACUGCACUAGGGGCUGGACUUUAUUCAAUGUCUUUGUAUGGUGGUCUUUUGCUUUUUAGUGCUUUCUUGUUGUACGACACACAACGAAUUAUUCACAAAGCUGAAACACAUCCAAAUUCAAACUAUGCGGUGCAAAAAUUUGAUCCGAUCAAUGCAGCGAUUUCUAUCUAUAUGGACACUUUAAACAUCUUCAUUCGACUUGUGAGCAUUCUGGCUGGACAAGGUGGAAGUCGUCGAUGAUAAAUAAAUUUAAAAAAAGUGUAUAUCCGUUACUUGAAAUAAAUCAAUCAAAAAUGUGUUUCAAGUU